AUGAGGCCCCUGAGGUUGCAGUUUGACAACGGGAAAUCACCCGGGCCGGGAGCGAACAGCCUGGAGAACCAGGUGUCGAUGAUGAUGAGGUCAAAGAAGGCGAAGAAGUUCAAGAAGAUGGUGGCGGAUAAGAUGGGAGAUAGUCUUGCAUCGUCAAGAGAGGUUGAGCCUCCAACUAGAGGGAACGAGUCGUUCAGCUUCGAGACUCCGCGCCACAAGUCAGAGGAUCAAGACGACGAUGAUCAGAGCCCGACGCUGACUGCGCUCAAGAAACUGACGAAGAGGAUGGACUUCUGGCAGCAGCUCGGAGCAGCAGAUGCGGAGGCUUCCCCUCCGAAGAAUUUGAGAAGCCAUGUGAAGUCGAAGAGGGUGGAUACAACGUUGGAGCAUGCCCUUGAAGGCAGUGAAAGAUUAGUUCAGUCCUUUGACAUGUCGGCAAUCAAGAAAGAAGGAAGCACAAUGCAUACUUGGAAUAUGCUGGAUGAUGCAGCCAAGAUCGAUUUCUACAUUGAUUGCCCGGAAAGCGCACGAUCACAUCUAGAUCAGCACAUUUCGCAUCAAGAGAUCUCGUUUCUGCUCUCUUUGUCCCUGUCGUCAAACCAAUCAAGGAAGUCGAAGUUCUUUGUGAGAGUGCUGCAUCCACAUGUCAGAGCGGAUGCGAUCAGUGGCCUUGAGCUCCCUGAGAUGAGAAAAGCUGUCCACUCGCUCUCUAGUCAGGAGAAGGAAGAAACUUUCCUGUACAUGAACGCAGAGCAGAUUGCUGCCAUACUGACUGAAAUGACAAGUUCUGACACCUACAAGACCUUCGAGUUGGUGGAAAAACAUAAACGCGCUGAGGUGUUCACCAGGCUGCCCCUUCCCUGUCAGCGAGACAUCUUGGACAUGGCUCCGAUCAAGUACAGGUCUCAACUCAUCUCAGACCUCAGCGUGCAGGACGCCAUCGCUCUGCUCCUCUUGUACCCACCCAAGGCUGCCUGGACCCUCCUCAAACAGUUCUCGACGAGGAUGCAGGAAGACGUCGUGCUGGAGCUGCCGGAGGACUUGCGAUCUCAAGUGCUUCUGGCCAUGUCCGAGCGAGAGGUCCAACAUCUGGUCGAUCACCUGCCACAGUCGAGUCAGGUAGCGCUCAUGACGGACUUGUCUUCAGAAGCUGUCUGCUUCCUCUUCGACGUGCUCCGACCCUCAACGCUGGGACCUCUGCUUAGCGAGCUCAACUACGAGCACCACAAGGAAGCAGUCGAAAGGCUUUCUGCGGCAAAACGCAUUUCUCUGCUCCAGCACCUUCCGACAGCCCUCAAGGUCGAAGUGACGAAGACGUUUGACAAGAGAGAAUUCCUCUCUCUCAUCAAAGUGCUCGACCGGAGUAUCCUCGCGCAGGCGCUGCAGGAGAUGGACUUGUACGAUCAGGUCGAGGUCUGCAACCAGAUCCCUGACCCCUACCGCACCGAGCUCGUGCUGGAACUCGAUGGCGACAAGCGGCUGGCGCUGUUGUCGUCCCUUGACACGCAGGAGAAAGUUUCCAUCUUGAAGAGCUUCGACAAGAAGGCUUUCAGGAACACCUUCAAUCAGCUGCAGCGAGCAUACGAUGCCGAUGUGCUGUCUGCUAUGAACCCCGUCGAGCUGGCUGAGCUGAUCUGCGGGCUCUCAGGGAUCGAUCAAGAGAACGUGUUGAGGCUUCUGAAGCCCGAGCAGCUCAAGUUGGUCCUGAUGGAGAUGGGCAUCGAAGACUGUCUUGCCGUGAUCCCUCUGAUCAGCAGGCAGGUAAGAUGUCAGGUGCUGUCGAUGCUUCCCGACGGUGUCCGAUCGCUGGUCUUCCGUCAGCUCAUCUUCAAGCAGCAAGGCAACUCGCUCAGAUCCUCUCAGGCGGGAUACGAUCUCGACGCCCUCGCUAUGCUCAUGAGUCUCGGGACGGAGGUCGCCUACACGACCCUGAGGGAGAUGGGGGAUCCCCUCAAGCUCUCCGUCCUCUCCAAGGUCUCGACGACGGAGAGGACGGCGCUGCUGGAGUGGAUGGACCCCAUCGAGCGAGCGGAGGUGCUGGACAACCUGACCCUAGAGGACAGCGCCAACUCGCUGCGCAUCAUGAACACCGACAGGGCGGUGGAGGGGCUGGUGGAGAUCGUUCCCAACAAACGAGCGAUCCUCCUUGUCGCCCUGCCGGAGAAGGAGAGGGUCGCGAUCAUCGAGAGGAUGCAGGCUGAUGAAGCCUCCCACGUUCUCAGCUCGCUGCCUCUCCCCGACGCCGUCGCCAUCUUGAAGCACCUGAGCCCUGCCACUAGCGUCAACUGCUUCCUCAACAUGACGACGGAGGAAUGUGUGGUGGUGCUGGAAGCGGUUCCAGCGAGGCAGAGGGCUGAGAUCAUGUGCAGCAUGGAGAUCGAGGACUCAGUUCGGAUCCUGAGCGACAUGAGCCCAAGGAAGGUCGUCGAGACCCUGCAGCACGUGCAAGAUAACGACCUGAGCCUGAUGGCCCGUGACCUGCCGAGGUCUCUGCUGCAGGAGGUGAUCGAGUUGGCCUCCCUCCGCCUCCGCACCAGGAUAGUCCGCCUGCUGCCGGGCUCAUCGAGGGCCUCGAUCCUCAAUGGCACGGAGGGCAGCCGGUUCCUUGCCAUGCUCAAGUGCCUGACGUCAGAGGACAUGGAGGGCUGCUUCACGGAGCUCACCCCUGCUGCCCAGCUGCAAGUCAUCCAGCAUGUGCCGCCACGAGACGCCAAGAGCCUCGUCGGCCUUCUCCCCGCCGCCUCCCGCAUCCCCCUGCUGUCCCAGAUGAACUUGGAGGCGUGCUCGCAGAUCCUCAAGAGCGAGCAGAAGGAGACGAUCGAGGGACUCCUCGGCCUCCUGACGGCCGAGAGGCGCAAGGAGAUCCUCCACAAGCUCCCGGAGAGCGUGCAGAGUGCUAUCGCCGUCCCCUCCUCUGCUCCACAGCCCCAGCGGUCUCCCUCAGAGCUCAAGACAUCUCCAGCGUCACCGUCAAGGCUCAUGCCGGCAGCUCACGACCUGAGUGCCGAAGGAGCCGUCGUUGUGUCGCUCUUGUUCAAGCAUGACGAGGGCUGGGCGGGAGGUAGAAGAAACCUCCGCUUCUGGGAGGUAUGGGUGAAGGAGACGCUAUGCCAGGCAGUGGACACCUCCCCCAAGCGAGUGGAGCUGGUCUCGCUGCAGGAGUCGACGGCCUCUCUCGUCCUGAGGUGCCUGGCGAGCAGGUCAAGCAGGCAGAGAUCGCCGCUCGAGCUCGCUCAGGAGAUCGUCGGGUGGCUCAGGGAGGCGAAGCUGGAGUAUGGGCUUGAGAUGUUGUCGGGGACGAUCCACGCCCAGCAGGCGAUGAGCUCGCCGAUGAGGAUGAGCUCCUUGCACAACAGAAGCCUCAGCUCCCACCUCGACCCUUCGCGAACAGCCAACGACCUGUCGGCCUUGAGACACUCAUCGGCUCUCGGAGAGCGAGAAGAUGAGCCCUUGGCUUACUUCGCCGGCUUCUCCCCGGAGAGUUACAAGAUCCUCCAGGCGUCUGACAUGGAGGAGGAGGAGGAGGAGGAGGAGGAGCACUCGGUAGCCAAGGGAGAUCUCUCGCUGCUUGACAAGCUCUUUGAGCCUCUCAGCAUGGACGGUCGGGUGGGAAACGAGGGAUGGAGCAUGGAAGACUCGCGGGCGUCGGGGGGUCACGACAUUUUCGAGAACCUUCAAAUGCUACAGUCAACGAUCCAGCGGAGAAACCAUGACAUCCGAUCCUUCACGAGGUCUGUGAGGAGCUUGCAGCAUGACGUAGAGGCAGAGCGGACACGAGGGAGGGAGAGAGACAAGAGCGGGGACUUCAUCUAUGCUUAG